GCGGUCGGGCGGCGGGUCCGUACCACCAGUGCCCGACGCGCGCACAGCGACCUCUUGCGUGCGCCGCUCGCUUGUGCUCCAUCGAGUUUACGUCCGGUGACCACGCUGCGGACUCUGCCGCUUCUCACACUGCCAUCGAAUUGUUAUCUAAAUAUCGUUCCUAGGCCUCUCGCCUUUAGUGAACGUCGACGCGUUUUAUACGAUUUCUGUAUGUCUGCUAUAUACAACGGAAACCAUUUUACGUAUCCAACAUAAUGUACAAGCGUACACUAAAGCCGAGCGUUUUAAUCGAUCGACUGCAUUAAAAAAUAAAAACUAUUUAUAUCGUUUCGCAGGCAACUCAAACAGCUUUUGUUACGCUAUAAUAAAGCUUAUAAGCUUGAUUUUUACGUAUUUACCGAAAAGUGGUCAGACAUCACUUGUACGUGUUGUUUAUAAGAUAAAGAAAAAUAAUAAGAGUGGUGCCGUCCUGUGCUUAGUUCUUUAAGUGAAUGUUGCGUCAAUUCUCGAGAGGUGUUUUUCUUGGAGUAUCUUUCUUUGCGAGCUUAAGCGAUUUAUAUUUAUUCGAUUAUUUUUUGCUUUUAUUUGCUAUUUUUAAGUGAAAAAAACGCGAUCCAUGCUUGGAGUUAUGACUACCAUGCUUAAUAUAAAUACUCUUUUGGGGUUGAAGAUACUCAAGAGUUACAAGAAUCCACGGUAAUAAAAGGUGUAUCUAUGCAAAAUACGGCAAUCGCUCUUCUGGAGUCGGCGUCGGCCUACGAGAGAGCCGUGCUGGAAUGUGAGCACUUAGAGGCGUCAGAACACGGCGGGUUUCGGUGAGAACGUUGGCGCGGCAGCGGCAUGGAAGAGCGUGGACCCCCCGACGUGCCGUUGAUCGUGACGCCUCCUUGCGGUGGCGCCGGCGGUGGUGGUGGCGCGGCGCUCACAACCUCACGGCGCGUUGCUUCUGCCCGCGGCUCGCGCGACGAUGCGCCUCCAUCCACCUGGCGUUCCUCCGUACGUGUACGCGACACAGGUUUCCGCGGUUCUCGGAAAAGUGUUGUUCGCCUUGAACCGCCCUGUAAUGGCCUCAACGGGUUACCAGCCAUCGGCAAGGAGGUACUUUCACUGGGUGCGACGGGGCCCAAGGGGACCACGCAGCCAUCUCAUCCCUGCACUAUCCUCCACCAUUCUCCUUACAAGGCCGCUUGGGAUUGGUUGAUUCUAAUUUUGGUGAUCUACACGGCGAUAUUCACACCGUACGUGGCUGCUUUCCAACUGAAUGAGCCUGACUUCGACAAGCGAUCGCGCAGCUUUGGAGAAGAUCCCAUUGUGGUGAUUGACAUGAUUGUGGACGUAACUUUCAUUAUCGAUAUACUGAUAAACUUCCGUACAACAUUUGUGAAUGCUGCGGAUGAGGUGGAAUCGGAUCCGGCCAAGAUAGCGAUGCACUACUUGCGCGGGUGGUUCGUCAUCGACCUCGUCGCCGCCAUCCCUUUCGACCUUCUGCUGUUCGGAACCGACACCGACGAACAGGGGCUGGAAAGUGAUGAGACGACGACGCUCAUCGGUCUUCUGAAGACUGCGCGGUUGCUGCGACUCGUGCGCGUCGCCCGCAAAAUUGACAGAUACUCCGAAUAUGGCACUGCCGUCCUACUUCUCCUUAUGUCCACAUUUGUGCUUAUUGCGCAUUGGCUCGCUUGUUUGUGGUAUGCCAUUGGCAGUUGGGAGCGGCCUCAGUUGCACGCACCUAUUGGAUGGUUAGACGCACUUGCCAAUGAUGUACAAGCUUCUUAUGAUAAUUCCACUGGUCCGUCAAUGAGAUCCCGUUACAUUACCGCCCUUUAUUUCACGUGCACUUCUUUAACUAGCGUUGGAUUCGGUAAUGUAGCCCCAAAUACUGACAUGGAAAAGGGGUUUACGAUAUUCGUCAUGCUCGUUGGAUCUCUAAUGUACGCCAGUAUUUUCGGGAAUGUAUCAGCGAUUAUACAACGACUUUACUCUGGAACAGCUCGCUAUCAUACACAAAUACUGAGAGUUCGUGAAUUUAUUCGAUUUCACCAGAUAGCUAACCCCUUACGCCAAAGACUAGAGGAAUAUUUUCAACAUGCAUGGAGUUACACUAAUGGCAUCGAUACUUCAAGUGUACUCAAAGGUUUCCCUGAAUGUCUUCAAGCCGAUAUUUGCCUUCACCUCAACCGCAAUUUACUUGCUAGCUGUUCUGCUUUCGAAGGUGCCAGUCCAGGAUGCCUUAGGGCGCUGUCGCUGAGGUUCAAGACCACACACGCACCUCCCGGUGAAACGUUAGUUCAUCGGGGAGAUGUUCUCACCUCUUUGUAUUUCAUUUCUCGAGGAUCUAUCGAAAUACUGAAAGAUGAUAUCGUCAUGGCUAUUCUAGGUAAAGAUGACAUAUUUGGUGAAAACCCGUGCGUGUACCCGACCGUGGGGCGCAGCAACUGCCGCGUGCGCGCCCUGACGUACUGCGACCUGCACCGCGUCCACCGGGACGACCUGCUCGACGUGCUCGACUUCUACCCCGAGUUCCGAGCCUCCUUCGUCAACAACCUGGAGAUUACAUAUAAUAUGCGCGAUGAGGAACUGAGUGGCAUAGAGCCUCGCCGACGCAUGCGUUACGAGAAUCCAUCUGAAGCGCGUCUACUACGCGAAGCGUACGCACGCACCACUCGACGUCCACACACAGAAACAUUUGCGGAAAAAGUGGAUUCGCAGUGUAGUGACGACGACACCGAAUCUCCAGCCAGCCGUGGUAUUCUUGAAUUCUCCACUGACAAGGCUGGACAAGAUGUGACACCGCUCAAUUUCAAUUUUAGCAAACAACGAUCAACUACUCUCAAUUCAAUUACUGGCAUGCUAGCGCAACUAAAACGGAGCUUCCCAGACCUCUACCAUCAUAAAACACACCAGCCGCUGCACAACAAGUACUCGCAAUCAACACCUCAAACAUAUAGAGGUCGUGCGGCUGUACGACGACAAUCGUCCGUGGGUCCAUUGAAUGACACGUCGCCACUAACAGGGGGCGCAGCGGCAGGGGAGCCAGCCGUCAGUACUCCCGCCCACAGCACUACGUUACCAGUGUCCAGCCUCAGCACCAACCCAAGCUCGUACUACACGAAUGCGUCCCCUAGUCCGCCAGCGGCGCCGCCCGCUCCCGUGCACGUCUCCUGCGACGACAUCUUGGCGCCUACAGCGCCGCCGUCUGCUGCACGAACGCCGUCAUCGCGCUCUGCUCCACAUUCAGCGAUCAAUCUUCACCAAACAGGCCGACCCGCUGCACUUUCUUUCAAUUCUGAAAAGACACAAAAUGCUGCACUGGACAGUGUUUCUCCGCAAUAUCAAAACGUUGGAGCAGCUGCAACAGCGGCUUCGGUAGCUACAGUCCUGACAAGGCUCGAAGAGCUAAGCCGACGAGUGGCGCUACUAGAAACUGGCCUCACAAAUGACGUGCGCCGCAUCCUACAACUGUUGCAAGCGCGCGACCCAGCGCACCACAAUACCCAGCCGGCGCACACACCUUCGCAACCGCUGCCGAAAUCAUCACUUUCUGUGCCUCAAAAAAAUGACAAUCAAUGGGAAUGGACUUGGAACGGUGACCGAGAACGUGAGCGCAACGGGCCGCGUCACGGGCGCGGGGAACGUGCCGAGCGCACGCCGGGCGUGCAGCGCUCCGCCUCGGAGCCGCACGCGCCCGUCCCGCCGGCGCUGCCACCACCACCGCACUCGCACUCUUUUUACAGGUAGUGUGAGGCAGGCGAGACGAGCGCCCCCCGGCGGCGGCCGUCGACGCGCUCGCUCGCCGAGUGGGCAUCGUGCGGCUCGCUGGCGAGUGGACGGACGGCCGCCGGCGCGCCGCCGCCCGCCGCCGGCUGCACGCGCCCGCCCGCGCCGCGCGCGCGCUUCCACUUCUGCCGGCGCAUCGCGCGCUCCCGGCCCGACGACGACCGGAGCUUCCUCUGACGCGGCCCCACCCCACGCAUGGACCAAUUUUGUACUUCCGAUAACGCCUAAAUUGAACACGUCCUCGCGAGCGGCUGGACCCGUCCGCCGAGACCGCAACGAGUCCAUUCGUAAUAUCUCGAACAAGCUUUUGUAAAAAGAAAAACGUAAAAAUGUCCAGCGAACCGGAUUCGUUUAGUAUAGAGACUUGGAACGUCGUCGGUUCUCUUAUGAGAUAACACGUGUGGUUUGAAACGCAAUAAGUGAUGGUAUAUUGGGUGCUUUAAUUUUAUGUAAUUUACGGGCUUCUAUGAUGUAAGCCAUUUUUUAUUAUUACGUAUGAGUAUAUAAAGUACGACAGCACUAUCUGACAGUAUUACUCUUCGAAGUUCACAAAAAUAUUUGUUUAUACAUUCAAGGCUGCCUGAAUUUAUUAUUAUAGGUUGUUGAUUUCCAGGAAAUUCAGGAUGAGGUUUAUAAGACUGAGAGAUUACGUAACUACCGUGAACUGUAUUUCCAGAAGAGAGUAAACGAUAAACGCUUUCUACCCGUCCUUGCUCCUUGCCUUCACAUAGUAGCUAGGUAAUGUAUAACGUCACUACUAGAAAGGUCAAGAUUAUUUGAAUCCUGAAUACUCCUUGUGGAAGUGCGUUUAUGAAGAUCACUUGACACAUAGGUAUACACUACCGCAUUGUCUUUAAUAAUGCAUAGCUAUAAAAAUAUUUUGUCAAACUAUUUUCGACUUCAUUAUAUUCAUUCAACAAAGCAUUUGACUAUGUAUAAACAUUUUACCGAUUAAAGCUGUUAAUCGAACUAAUAUAAAAUUCGCAAAACGUCUUCAACACCUUUUCCUUUAUAAUUUAAGUAUAUUAUUAAAAGUGUGGCUCAAAUUAUUGACUUUACGUUGUAUCCUAAUAGGUAUGAGUAAGAAAUUUAGCCAAUAUAUCAUUAUAAGCAAUAAUGAAACCCACCAUAAUUAAGGAUCUACUUGUACAUGAGAUUAUUGUAAGUGGCUAUAAAAUAUUUCAUUCUAAUCUAUAAAUUAUAUUCAGAUAGUGCUAAUUAUUUUACUUCACGCUGUACGUUUUAUGAAUAAAUCGAUGUUGUUUCGUAAAUCAUUCAAGGGUGGUGCUAGGAUUUAUAUGAUCAUACCACAUUAACGAGAAGUCUCUAAACGUUGCAUUCGUUGGCAUAGUCGUCACGCAUUCACAUAACCCUAAGUAAUCUGACAAGGACCAUUUUAUAAAUACAAAACAGGCGCAACCAUCAUAGCAGGUUCACAUUGCAUCUAAUACUUACUCAGCUAGAAAAAUUAUACGGUUCUAAACACGCUCGUACUGUGUGCUAAAUUGUAUGGAGUUUCUAUCAAUAGGUUAGCACUUAUUGAAAUACAAAUAAGUAAAUAACGUUAAUAUAGGUAGUCCUGUAUUAAAGUUAUUUUUUUAUUGACUAUACCUAUUAAGAUAUGAUAAUGAUCUUAAUGAUAAUUUUACGUAAUGCAUAUUUUAUACAAGGUCUACCGUACCCUUACUUGGUACCAAGUCCAUCGUACUACAGUGAAGUAACUACCUACUUUAAAAUAUUACCAAUAAAAUAUAUUACUUACCAAUACAUGUUAAAUACAUUGUUAUGUAAAAAAAGACCGUGCCUUUAUUAAUCAGUUCGCGGAAACAUAACUAAAAUGUACUUUAACAAACGUACCUAAGGCUUCGUUUUGUAAAAAAAAAUCGUAUUCCUGCUAUUGCAGUACAAUAAAAGUCAUUUAAUUAACACAACAAUUUAUUUUCCUAUCUUUAACUAUAUAUAUUUUAAUAAAAUUGAAAUUAUCACGACUUUCGAAUUAAUCCUUGGUCAAAAUAUUCCACCUGCAACUGAAUAAAUUAUAACGAUAUUGUAUUUAUUUCAUAAUACAGUUUUACACAUUAUUAUAUAAG